CGGGGCAUGGAGGGCGCGGGGGGCGGCGGGGCCCCCCCGGGGGGUUCCGACCCCCCCGACCGCGCUGUCGAGUACCUGCUGGAGCUGAACCGGAUUAUCGCGACUCAGCGACAUCUCCUGGCCUCGCAGCGCCGCCGCAUCGCGCAGCUCGAGGGGCAGCUGCAGCGCCUGGCCCGCGAGAACCGGCACCUGCGGCAGCGCGGGGGGGGCGCGGGACCCCCGCCCCGGCACGCGGGCCACGCGGACCCCGACGGUCAAUACCAGAACCACCUGGAGGCCGAGGGGCCCUACGGGGACCCCGAGCUGCCGUACCCGCCCCGCGCCGAGCGGGACCUGCCCUACCCGGCUCACGGCGACCCCGACGGGGCGUACCCGGCGCACCUGGACCGCGACGGGACCUACCCCGAGCACCUGGAGCACGACGGGACCUACCCGGAGCACCUGGAGCGGGAGCGGGGAGCGGCCCUACCCCGCGCACCUGGAGCGGGACGCGCAGUUCGAGGCGCUGGCCGAGCGGGACGGGCCCUUCUCCGGCCGCCAGGACGGGCAGUACCCGGAGCGGGACGGGCAGUACCCGGCCCGGAUGGACCCCGAGGGGCCGUACCCGGCCCGGCUGGAGCGGGAGGGGCCGUUCCGGGCCCGGGACGGGCCUACGGGCCCUGCUGGGAGCGGGACUGGGCGCGGGGGCCCCUGAGCCGCGGCCCCUCCCGCAGCUCCAGCCCCGCGGGGGGCACCAGCACCAGCGCCAGCACCAGCCCGGCCACCACCCUGCAGCGCAAGUCGGAUCGCGACAGCUCGAGGACAGUGAGCGUGGACGGCGAAACGCCGGGCAGCGAGGGGGGGGGGGCCGUGCCCGACAGCCCCGGGAGACCCCCCCCCUACCGCGGCCUCCCCCAGCCGGCGCCCCAGGGCCCAGGAGGAGCCGGGGGUGGCCCCGGGGGGGGCUCCCCGGGGGUGGCCUGGCCCCGGCUGCCCCCCCAGCCGGCCAGCGUGGCCCUGCGCAAGCAGGAGGAGGAGGAGGAGAGCAAGAGGCCGAAGGCUCUGAGCGACAGCUACGAGCUCUCCACCGACCUGCAGGACAAGAAGGUGGAGAUGCUGGAGCGCAAGUACGGGGGCUAUUUCCGCUCGCGGCGGGCGGCGCGGACGAUCCAGGCCGCGUUCCGGCGCUACCGCAUGGCGCAGAAGUUCGAGCGGCUGCGCAGCGAGGGUGGCCGGGCACGACGCCUGGCGCUGCCGGGGCUGCGCCUCCAGUUCUCCUUCGAGGAGUACGACCGCGGCCCCCCGGCCCCCGCCCCGGGGCCGCCCCCGCCGCCCCCCCCGUACUUCCAGGGCAAACCGGCCUCGCUGGACGAGGGCGUCCUGGGGGGGCCGCGGCGCGCGCCCCGCUACGGGGGGUCCUGCCGGGCCGGCCUGGACGGGGGCGGGGGUCCCGGCGAGGGGGCGGCGGUGGGGGGCGGCGCCGGGGUGGGGGGCGCGGGAAGCCCCCCCCGGCAGCUCUCGGCGUCGGCCGAUUUCGGGCCCGGAGGCGCCGACCUGGAGGAGGCCUUUGCGCAGCAGGUGAAGUCAUUGGCCGCCUCCAUCGAUGAGGCGCUGGGGGGGGGUCGCGGGGUCCCCCCCGGCGCCCCGGCCCCCCCCGCGGGGGACAGCGCGGCCACCUCCGCCAGCGACGUCACCCUGUACCUGGACGAGGGGCUCCCCGGCUCCCCCCACUCCCCCGAGAGAGCCCCCAGCCCCGAGCCCCCCCCGGACACCGGGGGGCCGCCGCCCCCGCCCGCCCCGCCGCCCCCCCCGCCGCCCCCCGCCAACCCCCCCGGCCCGGCCGAGCGCUGGGGGGGCCCCGAGGAGCCCCCCCGGCGGGGCCCCCCGUGCCUGGAGUGCCGGGGGCGGGGGGCCGGGGGGGGGCACCCGCCGCUGCUGACGGUGGAACCCCCGAGCGACAGCUCCGCCGACCUGAGUGACCGCUCGGACCGCGGCUCCAUCAACCGGGGAGGCCCCUACGAGCCCGAGGGGGCCGGGGGGGGCACCUUGCCCCGCUCCGGGCCCCCCCACCGCUGCUUCCACCCCGAGGGGCCCCCCCCGCCGCCCCCCGGCCCCCCGCCCCCCCCUGCGGCCGAGGAGGGCUCCGAGGGGGACAAUGAGAGCCUGGGCAGCAGCUCCAACUCCAACGAGACCCUCAACUGCUCCUCGGGCUCCUCGUCCCGCGACAGCCUCCGCCGGCCCCCCCCGCCGCCCCCCCCGCCGCCCACCGCCCCCCCGCAGCCCCCCGGCCCCGCCGGCCCCCCCGGCAAGGCCACGUACCAGCGGGAGCCGCGGCAGAGCUGGGACUCGCCGGCCCUCAACAACGACGUGGUGCAGCGGCGGCAGUACCGCAUCGGCCUCAACCUCUUCAACAAGAAGCCGGAGAAGGGGAUCCAGUACCUGAUCGAGAGGGGGUUCCUGUCUGACACCCCCGUGGGUGUCGCCCACUUCAUCCUGGAGCGGAAGGGCCUGAGCCGGCAGAUGAUCGGCGAGUUCCUGGGCAACCGCCAGAAGCAGUUCAACCGCGACGUCCUCGACUGCGUGGUGGACGAGAUGGAUUUCUCCGGGAUGGAGCUGGACGAGGCCCUGCGGAAGUUCCAGUCCCACAUCCGGGUGCAGGGGGAGGCGCAGAAGGUCGAGCGCUUGAUCGAGGCCUUCAGCCAGCGCUACUGCGUGUGUAACGCGGCCCUGCUGCGCCAGUUCCGCAACCCGGACACCAUCUUCAUCCUGGCCUUCGCCAUCAUCCUCCUCAACACCGACAUGUACAGCCCCAGCGUCAAGGCCGAGCGCAAGAUGAAGCUCGAGGAUUUCAUCAAGAACCUGCGAGGGGUGGACAACGGCGAGGACAUCCCGCGGGACAUGCUGGUGGGCAUCUACCAGCGCAUCCAGAGCCGCGAGCUGCGCACCAACGACGACCACGUGUCCCAGGUCCAGGCCGUCGAGCGCAUGAUCGUUGGCAAGAAACCGGUGCUGUCCCUGCCCCACCGGCGCCUGGUCUGCUGCUGCCAGCUCUACGAGGUGCCCGACCCCAACCGGCCCCAGCGCCUGGGGCUGCACCAGCGCGAGGUUUUCCUCUUCAACGACCUGCUGGUGGUGACGAAGAUCUUCCAGAAGAAGAAGAUCCUGGUGACCUACAGCUUCCGGCAGAGCUUCCCGCUCGUGGAGAUGCACAUGCAGCUCUUCCAGAACGCCUAUUACCAGUUUGGGAUCAAGCUGCUGUCGGCGGCGCCGGGGGAGCGCAAGGUGCUGAUCGUGUUCAACGCCCCGACCCAGGACCGGCUGCGCUUCGCCAGCGACCUCCGCGAGUCGGUGGCCGAGGUGCAGGAGAUGGAGAAGUACCGAGUGGAGGCGGAGCUGGAGAAGCAGAAGGGCGUGGCGGGGGCGCUGGGGGCAGUGGGUGCAGUGGUGGGCACUGGGGGUCACUGGUGGGCCCUGGGGGUCACUGGUGGGCACUGGUGGGCCCUGGGGGGCACUGAGGUCACUGCGAAGCUGGAGAAGCAGAAGGGCAUGGCGGGGGCACUGGGGGUCACUGGGGUCACUGCGGAGCUGGAGAAGCAGAAGGGCGUGGCGGGGGCGCUGGGGUCACUGGUGGGCACUGGGGGCACUGGGGCGGAGCUGGAGAAGCAGAAGGGCGUGGCGGGGGCGCUGGGGGCAGUGGUGGGCACUGGGGGUCACUGGUGGGCCCUGGGGGUCACUGCGGAGCUGGAGAAGCAGAAGGGCGUGGCGGGGGCGCUGGGGGCAGUGGGUGCAGUGCGGAGCUGGAGAAGCAGAAGGGCGUGGCGGGGGCGCGGGGCGCGGGCCCCCCCCCGGGAGGCGCUGAACGGGCUGAGCCGGAGCAGCCUGGAGGAGGCGUUCGGGGGGGAGGGGCUCAAACGCAGCGCCCUGAGCAGCUCCCUGCGGGACCUGUCCGACAGCGGUGAGACUGGGACGGGCCGGCGGAACAGCGUGGGGUCACUGGACAGCACCAUCGAGGGCUCCAUCAUCAGCAGCCCCCGGCCGCAGGCGCGGGGGGGUCCGGGCGGGCCGGGGGGAGCCCCCGAGGGCUACAAGCCCCCCGCCCGGCCCGUCUCCAACUCCUCGUCCUUCCUGGGCUCCCUGUUCGGCAGCCGCCGCGGCAAAGGCCCCGCCGGGCCCCCCCCCGGCGCGGGCGGCCCCACCUCGGCCUCGGCCUCGUCAUCCUCGGCGUCGUCGUCGCAUCACCACCACCACCCCCCCCCCGCGGCCCCCCCCGAGGGCCCCUCCAAGCUGCAGGCGCUGCACGCCCAGUACUGCCACGGGCCCGGGGGGGCGGCGGGCGCGGGGGGGGGCCCGGGCCCGCCGCCGCCCCCCCCGUACCCCCAGCAGCCGCCCCCCCCCAGCCGCCCCGCGCCCCCCCCCGCCGCUGCCGGCCAUCGCCGCCGGGGCCCCCUCCACGCUUCCACGGGGGGCCCACCCCCCCCUUGUCGGCGCCCCCCCAGCAGCACGGCCCCCCCGGCGGGGGGUUCCCCCCCCCGCACCCCCAUUACACCCUGCACCGGCCCGGCAAGAGGGGGGGGGGCCCCGCCCGGCGCCCCCCGCCAGCCGCUGUCCCCCCUGCCCCUCUACAGCCCCGCGCCCGCCCACCACGGGCUGUCCCACGCGUACCCCCCCGGGCCCCCCCCGCACCACCACCCCCCGCCGCCCCCCGCCCCCGCCAAGCACUUCGUCCCCCACUCCCCCGCCGGCCCCACCUCGCCCCUGGCCCAGGCCGGCCAGGGCCCCCCCAAACCCAAGGGGGGGAACCGCAUCAGCACGGUGGUCUGA